UGGCCGAUAGAGGGCCAUUGGAAGAAAGACGCCAGGCAGUGGUCCAAGAUCGAAAAGACACGAAAUUAAACUAGUUCUACGACCCAAUUAACGCAGGAUGGCUGAAGUGCCCUACAUUCUUGAUGAUCUUGACUACUACUCAGAGGCUUACCAGACCUUCACCCGAUGUUCAGCCGAGACAGGAGCCAUCCAGGACUGGGUAGAGUCCUCCUUCAAGGAACAGAUUGUUGACAAGUUGUCUGUGAAAUGCCAGUCUGCAGAUCCUCUCAGAGUGUUAGGGAUUGGAAGUGGGGCGGGAAACAUAGACUGUGCCAUGCUGGAGCAGCUCCUGCCAACGUUCCCCAGGAUCAAUAACACCAUUGUGGAGCCUUCAGAGGCUCAGAACGACCUCUUCAAGAACCUCAUAAAGGAGAAAGGAGAUGCCUUAAAAGGUGCGUCCUUCAAGUGGAGUGCAGAGACAUCCGAUCAGUACUUGGACAAAGCCUUCAGCAGUGGUGCCCAGCCACCGAAAUUCCACUUCAUACACGCAGUACAUGUUCUCUACUAUGCUUCGGACUUGAAACAGAGCCUAAAGAGACUCUAUGACAUGCUUGAAGAAGGAGGUCUCCUUUUCAUUGUUAAUCUAUCAAGGAAUUCCACUAUCAUCAAGGUCCAUCGAAAGAUGAACGAGAUUGUGACCGACAUGAGACCGCUCCUGCUGACUGAUGAGCAGAUAGAAGCUGCCUUGGACUCCCAGGACAUGCCACACACGGGUCAGCAAGUCGACCGCUACAUCCAAGGUACAGCCAUUUUCGGAGAGGGCUCUCAGGAAGGGGAUCAUCUCCUCGACUUCUUGACCCACUCCAAGGGCUUCCGAAGGGCAGCACCAGACAACCUCAGAGAGAGUAUCCUCAAGUACCUGAGAGAUCCCGACUGCUCCAUAGAGAAAGAUGGUGAGAUCCUAGUCUUUAGGCACUGGGUCCCCAUCACUGUCCCCAAGUGAUUCAGGUAUCUGUUCCGUACAUCCCCCAGAAAUAUAAUACAAGGCAGUUACAGGGAAAGUUUAAGCCGAUGAAGGUUAGAAACAGUCUCUGAGCUUGCUACCCAUUGCCAUCAUAUUUCAGUUACAUUUCAUUUUGGCAGUGCACCUUCUUAUGGGGAAUCAUUUCUCAUUAAAUCAAUAAUUCAAAAAUCUUAUGUUAGCCACCUGUUUUCUUCAAACGAUGUGAUAUCUUAAUCACAUAACCCCAACUAUACUAUACCUUUUACAUACUUGUUUUUUAAUCUCAUGUGAUGUUUAUUUUUUUUAUGUUAGAUGUAUAUCUAUAUGUAGUAGAGCGGAUUAGCCGAACAAUUGUGCAAAUUAUGACUAAAGCAUGAAACUUUCACAAGUAUUAGUAUAUGCCGUAAGAUUUAUUUUAAAGAUGGGAGGUAAAUUUAUAAAUGCCAUUUUCGGCCGUUGCCAUGGCAACAGAUUAAUUUCUCCAAAAUAACAUGCAUUCCCAUGUAAAUGGUAAAUAAACAUGAUAUAGAUGACCAAAAUGAUAAUUUUCAGGCUCCCAAUUGAAUACAUAUGAAAUUGCGAAAUAUUCAAGAUCUUUAAGAAAGUUCCAAUUGGUCCGUUGCCAUGGCAACGGCUUGUUUUUCCCCAGAAAAGUAAAAAUUUUGAUUAAAAAAACGUUGUAGAAUAUGAUUUAUCUUUAAUUUCCCCUAACUUUACAGUGCUUAUCGAAGAUAUUUUGGUUGCUAAAUGUGUAAAUUACAUCUCAAGCCAUUGCCAUGGCAACCAAAUAACAUCUAAUUUACAAAAGAACAUGUUUGACAAGACAAUGGACAGGUGGAAAAUACAAGUGGAAUUAACUUUAUCUGUAUGCUUAAGAUUUGACCCCCUCAUUUGAACAAAAAAUACAGAAAGUGUUCUGCAGGAGUUCUUUAUAAAGAUAAGAAUUAAUGUUGCCUUGGUAAAGCUUGAAUUGAAUUUAAAAAUAAACAAUUUUGCAAAGGACCCGUUGCCAUGGCAACAUCUUAUUUCCCUGUAGAAAAGUAAAAAUAUUGAUAAAAAUGUAAAAUACAUGUACAGUAAGAUCAUCAUUCCAGUUUCCCUAAUUUCAAGGUACUAAUCGAGAUAUGUUUGUGACUAAAUUUUAUAAAUAUAACAUCUUAAGCCAUUGCCAUGGCAACCAAAUAACAUCUAAUUUCUUUUUAAAGUGGAUGAUAAGGUUAAAAACAGGUGAAAGAUACAAUGAAUAUUAACUUAAUGUGCAUUCGUAAGGUCUGACCAACUCAAUUAAUUUAGGGGAAAAUAAUACAGUCAGUGUUCUGCAUGAACUAAAUUAGAAUGAUAAACAUUGAUGUUGCCUUGGUAAUACUUGAAUUCAACAAUAAAUAUUAAUAUUCAAAAUGGCCUGUUGCCAUAGCAACAGAUCAUUUAGUAUCAGUUUUGAUUAAAAAAGGGACUGUAGAAUCUGAUUUUUCUUGCAUUUACCCUAAUCUUUGUUUGCUAAACAUCGAUAUGUUUGAUGCAAAAUGUAUAAAUAACAUCUUCAGCCUUUGCCAUGGCAACCAAUUAAGAUAUAAUUUUUGUCUCACCUGCAUAGCAGAGCGAGACUAUAGGCGCCGCUUUUCCGACGGCGACGGCGACGGCGGCGGCGGCGUCAACACCAAAUCUUAACCUGAGGUUAAGUUUUUGAAAUGACAGCAUAACUUAGAAAGUAUAUGGACCUAGUUCAUGAAACUUGGCCAUAAGGUUAAUCAAGUAUUACUGAACAUCCUGCCUGAGUUUCAUGUCACAUGACCAAGGUCAAAGGUCAUUUAGGGUCAAUGAACUUAGACCAUGUUGGGGGAAUCAACAUCAAAAUCUUAACCUAAGGUUAAGUUUUUGAAAUGUCAUCAUAACUUAGAAAAUAUAUGGACCUAGUUCAUGAAACUUAUACAUAAGGUUAAUCAAGUAUCACUGAACAUCCUGCAUGAGUUUCACAUCACAUGACCAAGGUCAAAGGUCAUUUAGGGUCAAUGAACUUUGGCCGAAUUGGGGGUAUCUGUUGAAUUACCAUCAUAACUUUGAAAGUUUAUGGAUCUGAUUCAUGAAACUUGGACAUAAUAGUAAUCAAGUAUUACUGAACAUCCUGUGCAAGUUUCAGGUCACAUGAUCAAGGUCAAAGGUCAUUUAGGGUCAAUGAACUUUGGCCAAAUUGGGGUAUUUGUUGAAUUACAGCCAUAAAUUUGAAAGUGUGUUGGUCUAGUUCAUAAAACUUAGUCAUAAUAGUAAUCAAGUAUCACUGAACAUCCUGUGCGAGUUUCAGGUCACAUGAUCAAGGUCAAAGGUCAUGUAAGGUCAAAGAACUUUGGCCACGUUGGGGGUAUUUGUUGAAUUGCCAUCAUAUCUCUAUAAGUGUAUUGGUCUAGUUCAUAAAACGUGAAAAUAAGAGUAACCAAGUAUCACUGAACAUCUUGUGCGAGUUAUAGUAGUUUUCAAAAUCAGCACUGCUGCUAUAUUGAAUCGCGUGAUGCAGGUGAGACGGCCAGAGGCAUUCCACUUGUUAAAACAAACUAACACAGUUGUAAUGAUAAUGGACAGGUGGAAAGUAAAGUAUAGAUUUACUUAAUCUACAUAAGGUUUGACUUUGACCAGUCAUUAAGUUUUGAACAAAAAAUACAGUAAGUGUUCCGCAUGAGUUCAUUAGCAUGAUAAAAACUGAUGUUGCCUUGGUAAUGCUUGAAUUUAUUGAUAUCAAUGUUUACAAAUGUGUGUUCUGUUCCCAUGGCAACGGGUCAUUUUAUUCCCCCUAAAAUACCAUCUUUGAUAAAAAAAAAUACCUUGUAGAAUCUUAUUUUUCAUUCAAUUCUACUAAGUUUAGGGUGCCAAACAUACACGUACAUCUCUGUUGGUUAAUGUAUAAAUAACAUCUUAAGGCAUUACCAUGGCAAUAAAAUAACAUAUAAUUUACCCCAAAAAUAACAUGGCUGACAAGAUAAUGGACAGGUGGAAAAUACAAUAAAAUUAACUUAAUAUGCUUGAAUUUAUUGAUAUCAAUGUUUACAAAUGUGUGUUCUGUUCCCAUGGCAACGGGUCAUUUUAUUCCCCCUAAAAUACCAUCUUUGAUAAAAAAUACCUUGUACAAUCUUAUUUUUCAUUCAAUUCUACUAAAUUUAGGGUGCCAAACAUACACGUACAUCUCUGUUGUUUAAUGUAUAAAUAACAUCUUAAGGCAUUACCAUGGCAAUAAAAUAACAUUUAAUUUACCAAAAAAUAACAUGGCUGACAAGAUAAUGGACAGGUGGAAAAUACAAUAAAAUUAACUUAAUAUGCGUAAGGUUUGACCUACUCUUUUAAUUUCAAAAUCACAUUAAGUGUUAUGCAUGAUUUCUUACGAUAUGUUGAUUUGGUAAUGCUUGAACAUAAUGAUAAAUAUCAAUGUUGCCAAUGGUCCCUUAAAAGUACAAAUUUUGAUAAAAAUAAUAUGUUUAUUUUAUUUCCUAGUCCCUUAUUUGAGGGUGCUGAACAUAAAUAUGCUAAAUGAUAAGCACCAUCUUAUUUCAUUAUACAUGGCAUCGACAUAAGACCUACAAAAAUCAUAUCAGACUUUUUUGGGCUCAAAUAAAUUCCCGAAACUCUAAUUUCGAGGCUGGUCAAUUUCAUUCAAAGUAUUCGCAGGCUGCCAUUUUGAAGAAAGCGUCUUGGUGUGAUUUGUGCUUUAAGGCCGUUCAUCAUAUCAAUAUACAAGGGGAUAAUAGGCGUUGAUAAAUCGAAAUCAAAAGUCUAUCUGAGGAGUUGACAUGGUCUUGAGCUCCUAAUCAAUGUAAAUACAGUAAAUCAACUUUUACAUGGAAAUCAUUAAAAUUUUGCUUUGUCUGACUGUUUUAGCAUAAUACUUGGCUCGAAAUUUGAUGACAAAGAAUUAUCAAGUAUCAUCUGCUAGUACGCAUUUUAAUUUCUGCAUAUAUCAGAAAAUUGUUACUUUUUGAAAAUUCCCAUCAUUUCUUGAAAAUUGCCGAAAAUUCAAAAAUUCCCACCAAAUUCCCGUUUAUUCCCAUGAAAAGAUUCCAUCAAGAAAAUUCCCGGAAAUUCUGCAACCCCCCAAACCCCCCCCAAAAAAAAAUAAUUACCAAGAAAAAAAUAAAGAGAACCUGAAAGAGAGAUGGAUAAAAUAUGAUUAUUUUACAAAUACUAUACCCAAAA